AUGGAGAGGGAAGAUCAACUAGGACGGAGAAAGCCAAAAGGAAGUAAUUGCCGGGGAGGAGAAGACGAGGACGUGUGGGAUCCUCUUCCUGGCCACAGCUUUAAUGCUGACCAGAUGGCGGAUCCCUGCGUGUCCUUUCAGACAAGCGCCGUGCUGUGUGCGGGCGGCUGUGCCCUGCUUGCCCUCAGCUCGCUGCUGGCCAUCGUCGCCGUCCUGCUGCCCAGCGGAGCCUGCGAGAGGAGAGUCUGCACCCUGGCUGGCUACAUGCAGACAGCAGCAGUGUUCAUUAUGGCAUCUGGGCUUUUGGUUUACCCUUUUGGUUUCAACUCGGCUACUGUGAAGAGAUUCUGUGAGAACUCGGACAUCUACUAUGCAGGAGACUGCCAGAUUGGCUGGGGGUACAUGCUGGCAAUUGUUGGGGUCAUGUUGUCUGUCUUUUUACCAUUCUUUGCAAAAUAUGCACCAAAAGAGCACAUAUCUCCAACUCCAAUACCUACUAUUUUAUAGUAUUUUAUGACUGUUUUAAGAACAGAACUUUCCUGUCUGCAGGCAAUGGGCAGAAAUUAUUAUAGCACUUCCAUUUAGCUGUAUUGC